AUGGCAAGCCGGACUGUCAGGAUGGCUCGGAUGAAGGGGCCUGUUCCCGGUUCUGCAACAGACCAGUGUCUGAACAGAAACCAGUGCAUCGAGGAGAAAUACCACUGCGACGGGGCUCAGCAGUGCUCGGAUGGGUCUGACGAGCUGGGCUGCUGGAAACCCACUGAAGAUUGUUCUUUACGUUGUGACAACAAGACCCGCUGUAUCCCCAAGCGCUGGCUGUGUGACGGCAAUGCAGACUGUUCUGACGAGAGAGAUGAACAAGGAUGCGGCAGCUCACAGACAUCUCACACUAGGAACGCGAGACAGCGUUUCCGCACUACCCUUGGGGGCCCUUUUCAACAGCAGAAUCCCCCUAAAUUCAUGCAGAAUGCAGCGCCCCAGAAUUUCGAUGCCAGAACGGCCAGUGCAUCUCGAACUCUCUGCGCUGCGAUGGGAACCAAGACUGCGUGGACCACUCUGAUGGGACGGCUGUCCUGGGACCUGGCCACUGCGGUGCCCGUUGGGGGAGGUGAAGUGCCGGGGGGGUGGAGAGUAUCGCUGACCGAGUCACUGUCCCCUCAGGACUGUGACCCGGAGGAGCUCCGCUGUGGCCCCAGGCAGUGGGCCUGUGCCGGCGGAGAGCAGUGUGUGCCUGGCGUGUGGCGCUGUGACGGGCAGAGAGACUGUGAGGAUGGCAGCGACGAAGCUGGGUGCCCCCCCAGGAAGUGCCAGAGCUCUGAGUUCCAGUGCCGCUCCCACGGCUGCCUCGCCCUCCGCCUGGUGUGUGACGGGAAGGAGGACUGUGCCGACGGCUCCGAUGAAGGUGGAACGUGCUCGCCGUCAGCAUGCCACCGAGCGCGGUGUCCCCACGCCUGCUACCAGUCCCCGCACGGGCCGGUAUGUGCUUGUGAGCAGGGCUUCGAGCUGGGGAGCAAUGGCCAGGUCCGCAAAGAUGUGGACGAGUGUGGGAAGCCGGGCAGUCAGCCUUGCAGUCAGACCUGUGUCAACACCCAGGGCUCCUACAGCUGCACGUGUCACCCUGGCUACUCGCUGGAGCCCGAUGGCCACACCUGUACUGAACCAAUCUUGCUGGUGGCGCUUCAGUUCAACCUCCUCCUCUAUGGCUUGAGGAGCUUGAAGGAAGACAUUCUGGCAACUGUAGACAAGAACGUGAUGAUUGUCUCUAUUGACUAUGACUUAGUGGGGCAGAAAGUCUUCUGGACUGAUCUCGGUGCAGAAAGCAUUAAGUGGAUAAGCAUGGACACAAAGAAGAAGGGGACCGUGGUGAAGGGGAUAAAGUCAGACUGUAUAGCGGUUGACUGGAUUGGGAGGAACCUCUACUGGGUGGAUGGGACAGCUGGCCGGAUUUUGGCAGUUCAGCUGACCGCUGUGUGGAGAGGAAAAUCCGAGCACACGAUUGUCCUGGAUGACUUGACUCAACCGCGGUCUUUGGCUUUAGAUCCCCUAAAUGGGUUAAUGUACUGGUCUGAAAUCGGAGGAGAACCUCAAAUAGAACAAGCUGGGAUGGAUGGUAGCAGCAGAAAAAUCCUCGUCAGUCAAGGUCUUGGCUGGCCAACCAGCAUAGCUCUCGACCAGUUGAGCUGGAAGAUAUUCUGGUCUGAUGACAAAUUUCACUGUAUUGGCUCUGCUAAUCUAGAUGGUACUGGUGUUCAUAUGUUGCAGCUAACGCAAAUCAAGCGCCCCUUUUCAGUCGCUGUGUUCGAAGAUGAAGUCUUCUGGUCUGAGAUGAAGACGAGAACAGUACAGCACAUGAAGAAGACCACAGGCAAGAACAGAGCUGUCCUCUUCAAGCGUUCCCAACAGCCUCAUGGACUCAAGGUCUACUGUAUAAUGCACAAAGUGCUCCAGCCCAAGUCUCCUAAUCCUUGUCUGGACUCUGGCUGUUCUCACUUGUGCCUUCUGAGCCCGCGAUCCAAGGGGAGCUGUCAUUGCCCAGUGGGACUCCUGCUGGCGGAUGAUGGCAUCACCUGUGUUCCGCUCGAGGAGUCUGCAUUUCUGUUCCUCGUGUUGCCCACAGUUAUCAUGCAGAUUUAUCUGAAAAAUCUAGAAGCUUUACUAGGACAACCAGCUUUACCAGAACAUAGGGAUACUUCCCUUUACCAGUGUGAAACAGCUUGCAUCCCUGGACUACAUAGUCCAGGAAAAGGCUUUCUACCUUUCAGAGUUGGAUAA